GGGGCACUCAAUUGAAGGAUAUGGUAUGCGAGAGACACCACAACCUGUGAUUUGUGCACGUAGUGCGUAAAUGAGCAUGACAUAAGUAGGAUAUCUUUUCCAUUCAAUUGUUUAGCUUGUCAACAAAUAACAAAUUCUCGGUUCGCGAUCGAUCGUUGACGAACCACAAGUUUACUUUGCUAAUAUUACCUCUGACUACAGGCUGUAAUGAUGAAGGAAAUGGUGGACGCUACUCAAUCGAAGACCAAAGAGCUGAUUGACGAGCAGAUGAGCAGACAGGAGAUCAGGAAAGAUCUAGAUGUAACAGAGCUGUAUCUUAGCAACCAAGGUCUUACUGAUCAAGACCUAUAUGAUUUUGGUCAGUAUCGGAUGCUCAAUCGUCUAUGGCUGAAUGGAAACAAACUAAGGAGGAUCAACUGUCUAUCAAUCAACUACAGAAUAACAGAAUUAUAUUUACAGGACAAUGAGUUGGUGAGUGUAGGAGGUCUUCUUCAGCCAUUGACCAGUCUUCAAGUAUUGAUGUUACAUAACAAUCAGCUGACCAAUCUUGAAGAAACUAUAGCUGAAAUGAAAGCCAUGCAAGCGUUAAAUACACUCAACCUAUCCCAGAAUCCUUUGGCCCAGGAAGCAGAAUACCGUCAUUACAUCAUUCAUCACGUACCGUCAUUGAAACUCCUAGAUAGACAAGAAAUCUUGAAGUCUGAGCGAGAUGAUGCGGCCAAGCUGUACCAGCAAGAACGACAGGCUCUGUUAGAGACGAUUGCAUUUGGGCGUCGGUGUAACGGUCCCGUCCAGAGAGCUAAAGACCAGGGCGUGGUCAGCGAAUCUAGACACUCAUUGGCUAGUAUGGUGUCUGAUAAAGAAGUAGCAAAUCAUUUUAGCAGUCCACCACGAGGAACACCUGAAGAAGCUGUGGCAGAGAGAGCCGUACAACGAUCUAUCAUGGAAUACUCUCACUUUGAUUGGUCGAAGAAACCUCGGGCAGAGGAAAGAAGAAUGAAUAAGAACAUAGAGGGCAGCAAACAGACUGAGAUUAUAACUGUCAGGUUUAGGUAGCAUAGACAGACUUGGUAUAUUUAAAUUCUGAGAUACCUAUUGAAUCUAAUUGAGAUGAAUUACUCCCCACCUAGUACAUUGGGACAUUGACCACAAAGUUUUGCUGUAUAACUUAUGAUCUAAAGUAGUACCGGUAAAUGAUAAAUGAGAAGAAAAAGUGAAAAAUUAUUUCAUCAGUAUCUGUCAUCCCAAUCUAAGGAAAUAAAACUAAAGUGAUUAUUCAGAUUCAGAUAUUUUUAUUGUCCAAUAUGCGAUCUAGUUCAAAUGGAAUUCAAUUUAUUCACAAGAAACAGUUUGGAAUGUCUUGGACAUACAAACAGAGAUAACAUCAUAUGAACAUAAACUUUAUACAUAUCAACAAAGAUAAGUGAAAUUAUAGUAUUUUAAGUAUAGCUAUUAAAUGUACGAAUUAAAACAGGAACAAAGAAUUUACUAUGCGUGAGUGAGGUUCUGUCAGAAAGUGAUCUUGGAUGUUGCCUGAUCUCAUCAAAUUAUAAUAUUUAUGGAGAGCAUGGUUCUCAUUGGUCAGGAUCACUAAAAUCUUCUUCAAAUUGGAAAUGUAACAGAGAGGGGUCAUUCUCCAAAAAAAAUUAGAUGAUGAAACGUAUUGAAAAUGUCAAGAGUUACUGUAUUUGACUUCGGGCGACCCACUGUAUAAAAAAAUUUCAGAGUACCGAUCGAUAGUAUUGAUAUUAUCACUAAAUUUUCUGUGUCAAAUGUCAAAUCCUUUAAUAAUGCUAUUGGGCUAUUCCACGGUUACCCACGUUACAUUUGGAGACACCUUGAUUCAUACUUGGAGCUGUAACUCCAUUAUUAUUGAUAGGAACUAAACAUCUCUUUAUCACAACAUAGUACGCAGUCUGACUAUCCUUUGUAUAAAAACAAAACUUGGGAAAUUUCAUUAUGCUCCUGGCAAAUCUUUGAAAUGAGUCGGUUACUCAUGUUACAUGAUUUGGACAUGCAUAAAAUGAAAAGUGGACAUAAGUGAAAAGUGUCCUCAUACAAGGCUUUUAUGAAAGUUGAUUAUAUCCAUUUCAAAGAAGUAUAUUAGGGAGACAAAUUUGUAUAUAAUUAAAAAAAUAAAGAACACAUGGUUUUUACUAGGGGUGCAGAUAAAGUGGUUACUCAUGUUACGGUUCAGAUGGGCUAUAUGUACAAAGACACAUUGAGCUCAUGUCCACCAACCUAUGGAAUUGCCCUAUUGCAUAAUUUCUUUGAAUGGGUUGUAUGAUCAUGCAUCAGGCGGACAUGAAGCCGCAUAUUACAAUGUAAUUGCUUUGCCAUGCUUAUACUGGGCAUUCAUCUAGCGGGUUCUUGUCGUCCUUUUUGCAUUAUUUUCACAAAGACGAAAUGUAGUUGAUUUUUGUCUUGCCUGCAUAGCAGAGCGGGACUAUAGUAUAGGUCAACACUGAAGUUUUCACCUUACGUUAAUUUUUUGAAAUGUCACCAUAACUUUAAGAGUAUGGAUCAUGAAACUUGGACAUAAGGGUAAUCAAGUAUUACUAAAUAUCCUGCCUGAAUUUCAGGUCACAUGACCAAGGUCAUUAGGGUCAAUGAACUUUGCCCAUGUUGGGGGAUUUGUUGAAUUGCUCUCAUGACUUUGAAAGUGUAUGGAUCUAGUUCAUGAAACUUGGACAUAAGUGUAAUCAUGUAUCACUGAACCUUCCGCUAAAGUUUCAGGUCACAUGACCAAGGUCAAAAGUCAUGUAGAGUCAAUGAACUUAGAUUAUGUUGGGGGAAUAAAAACAAAAUCUUAACUGAGGUUAAUUUUUUGAAAUGUCAAAACUUGGAAAGUGUAUCAGUGAAGAUCCUGCAUGAGUUUCAGGUCACGUGACCAAGUUGAAAGGUCAUUAAAGAUCAAUGAACUUUGGCCAUCAUAAUUUAUGGAUAUAGUUCAUGAAAUGUGGAAAUUGGGGUAAUCAAGUAUCACAGAUCGUCUUACACAAGUCUUAGGUCACAUGAUCAAGGUCAAAUGUCUUUUAGAGCCAAUGAAUAUAGUAUUUUAUCAUCAUAUGAAUGGUGUUUUUUGUGAAUGAUUAUUCUAUAGUCGUUUUAAAGUCAGAACUGCUGCUAUAUUUAAUCACGUAAUGCAGGCAAGACUUCCAGAGGCGCUCCACUUGUUAUUGCUGCAUUUUGUUAAGUUGUGUAAAUUUGGCGAGUUAUCUGCUCUAAUGAAGAGUACCUUUAAAUGAAUUAUUGUAAAAAAAACUUACUAAUGCAGUUUUUUUGGGGGGCGGGGGGUAAUCUUGCCUGCUGGCAUGUAAAGUGGAUCACAAAUUCCAUGAGGUUAUGACAAAAAAAUUUAAAGAUUAUUGAAAAUCAGAAUUUACUAUAUUUCAGAUGUAUUUGAAGUCUGUGGCAUGAAUUUCACCUUGACAAAGUAAAGAAUCUCAUAUAGUUUAAAGUGAAAAGUUCUAUUAUGUAGAUCUUAAAUGUGAAUGAGCUGUAAAUAAGAUUGUUCAUUUUUCAUAUUUUUGAAGAUUUAUACUAUCAGUUUUAUUUGAAUCAAACUGUAUAAGAAUUGUAAAUAUACUGUAUUAAAGAUUGAGUGCAUGUAUAAAUGAUAGACGUGUACAUAAUCGAAAAUUAUACAUUUGAAAGUGAAAACCUAUUUUCAGAAUUCAUUUUGUUGCAUUACAAUUACAUUUUUGACAUGACA